CAUCAACCAGAUGAGAUGUUUACUAAAAACAUUUUUAUCAUUUUUCUUUUUUACUUAUUUAUUGAUUUUGUGAAUACUCAAAAUGAUGGGACCAAAAAUGUAGACGAAAAUGAGAAAAUAAACGAAGAUGUAACAGAAAAUGCGACUGAAGAUAACGGUGGAAUCAUCUUUCAAAAAUUUGAUACUCCCCAAUUACUCCCAGAUGGGCGACAAACGUAUAAAUUCAGUUUUGAAACUGAGGGUUCGAUAAAAAGAGAAGAAAGAGGGGAAGCUGAUUCAAAAAAUGGAAUCUCAAUAAUCGGAACUUACACUUACCUCAAACCGGAUAAUACAAUCCAAAAAGUUUUUUACACAGCUGGUUCUAAAGGAUUCGUUUUAAUACCGGAAAAAGUAUUUUUAAGAUAUCGAGGUCGACAAAGAAUUCCCGCCCCAGCUUUGGCUUCUUUAGCAGGAUAAUUAAUCAAAAAAAAAAG